UGUUGAUGGAGGACCCAUGACAUGAACCUUCACAUAUUCAAAUCCUUUUCGCCCACCAACUGCAGAAAAAGUUGGAUUAAUUUAAUCAAGCAAACCUGCAAAGGAAACAUCAUGAAGAGGAGUCAAUUACGCAGAAGUAAAUUAAACUUUAUGAUGUCACAUUGCAUUUCAAUAUCUUGUGAUCUUGUCUAUAUCUUGUUUAAUGCAUAUUUUUGUCUAUCUGAUUAGUGAUUACACCCUUUUUGAAUACUAAACUGAGAAAGUGCUCUAAUUAACCCCACUAAUGUCUGAUUAUGAUAGAAGGGUCCAAGAUCUUUAUAGUGAUGAAGAUAUUAGGGAUGUACAUGCUUUGACUCCACCGUUUUCUCCUCUUGAUUCAUCUCCUUCCAUGACUACAAGUGAUCGAGCUUCACGUGGAGGUUUUUCGAAUAUGAGUGUUACUAAUAGCACAAUGGUGCUCGCAGGAUCACCCAUAGCGAGCAGGAGCAGCAUAGCUGAAAACGAUCAUUCUGGCAACUGGGGUUUCGGAUUAUCUUCUGUGUUAGGAGAUCGUGGGUCUGUUGUAACUGCUGAACAUGGUCGAGAUGAUCAGGUGUUGGUGUCUGUGACAAGCUUUAAGAAGGAAGAGGUUGAAUCCAAGAUAACAGCAUGGAAGAAUGCUAAGGUAGCUGAGAUCAACAAUAGGUUUAAGUGUGAGGACGCCAUAAUCAAAGGUUGGGAAAGCGAGCAGGCUCAGCAGUCUGCUUUACGUAUGAAGAAAGUCGAGAGAAAGCUUGAAGAGAAGCGAGUAAGAGCGUUGGAAAAGAUGGAGAAUGAGAUAGCAAAAGCACAUCAUAAGGCUGAAGAACGGAGAGCAUCAGCAGAGGCAAAGAGGGGAACGAAAAUUGCUAGGGUUCUUGAAGUAGCCAACUUGAUGAAGGCUGUGGGAAGGUCUCCUGUUAAGAACUCGUUUUUUUAGAGGCUCUUGGCUAUCUUCCACUUUAUGCAUAAUUUUAUGAUGAAUGGAGUUGAAGAGGUAGCCGAUAUGAGUUGGAAUCUAUGGUUCAUCUUGUUUUGUAAAUAGACAAAAUU